UCUGCGCCGCAAGCUUUCGGGGGGUGGGGGGGAAGGAACAUGGCGCAAGCUCUAUCUGAGGAAGAGUUUCAGCGGAUGCAGGCUCAGCUCCUGGAACUCCGGACAAACAACUAUCAGCUUUCAGACGAACUACGGAAAAAUGGUGUUGAGCUCACCAGUCUUCGACAGAAGGUUGCCUACCUGGACAAGGAAUUCAGUAAAGCUCAGAAGGCACUGAGCAAGAGCAAGAAAGCACAGGAAGUGGAGGGGCUGCUGAGUGAAAAUGAGAUGCUGCAAGCAAAGCUGCACAGCCAGGAGGAGGAUUUUCGUUUGCAGAACAGCACGCUUAUGGCCGAGUUCAGCAAGCUCUGCAGCCAGAUGGAAAAACUGGAGCAGGAGAACCAGAAACUGAAAGAGGGUGCUGCCAGAGCAGGGGCUGCUCAAGCUGGGAGCAUGGUGGAUGGGGAACUGCUGAGACUGCAAGCAGAGAACACGGCCUUACAGAAGAAUGUGGCAGCCUUGCAGGAGCGCUAUGGCAAAGAGUCUGGGAAGCCUGUAAUUGCCAGUGAAGGCCAAGGGGACGUCCCAGGGAACCUGGCCCAUGGUGUCCUGCCCGCCAUGCCACUGGCAGAGGUGGAACUGAAAUGGGAAAUGGAAAAGGAGGAAAAGAGAUUGCUUUGGGAGCAACUGCAAGGCUUGGAGAGCUUGAAGCAGGCUGAAACGUCCAGGCUUCAGGAGGAACUUGCUAAGCUCUCAGAGAAACUGAAAAAGAAACAAGAAAGUUUUUGCCGUCUACAGACAGAGAAGGAAACACUCUUCAAUGACAGCCGGAACAAGAUUGAGGAGCUACAACAGCGCAAAGAAGCUGAUCUCAAAGCCCAGUUGGCUCGAACUCAGAAGCUGCAGCAGGAACUUGAGGCUGCCAAUCAGAGCUUGGCAGAGCUAAGAGAUCAACGGCAGGGGGAACGCCUAGAGCACGCAGCAGCUCUGCGGGCCCUACAAGAUCAGGUGUCCAUCCAGAAUGCAGAUACACAGGAGCAAGUGGAAGGCCUUUUGGCUGAGAACAAUGCCUUGAGGACCAGCCUGGCUGCCCUGGAGCAGAUCCAAACAGCCAAGACCCAGGAACUGAAUACACUCCGGGAACAGUCGACUGGGCUCACAGCUGAGUUGCAGCAGCGGCAGACUGAGUAUGAGGACCUCAUGGGACAAAAAGAUGACCUGAACUCCCAGCUCCAGGAGUCAUUACGGGCCAAUAGUCGACUGCUGGAACAACUUCAAGAAAUGGGGCAAGAGAAGGAGCAAUUGACCCAGGAACUACAAGAGGCUCGGAAGAGUGCUGAGAAGCGGAAGGCCAUGCUGGAUGAGCUAGCAAUGGAGACUCUGCAGGAGAAGUCCCAGCACAAGGAAGAGUUGGGAGCCGUCCGGCUACGACACGAGAAGGAGGUGCUGGGCGUGCGGGCCCGCUACGAGCGCGAGCUCCGAGAGCUGCAUGAAGAUAAGAAGCGGCAAGAGGAGGAGCUCCGUGGGCAGAUCCGUGAGGAGAAGGCUCGAACACGGGACAUGGAGAAUCUUCAGCAGACAGUAGAAGAACUUCAAGCUCAGGUACACUCCAUGGAUGGAGCCAAGGGCUGGUUUGAACGGCGCUUGAAGGAGGCUGAGGACUCUCUGCAGCAGCAGCAGCAAGAACAAGAGGAAGCCCUCAAGCAGUGUCGUGAGCAGCACACUGGCGAGCUGAAGAGCAAGGAGGAGGAGCUACAGGGUGUGCGGGAUGAGCUCCAGCAGGCCCAAGAGGAGCGGGACUGCCACCUGAAGACCAUCAGCAACCUGAAGCAGGAGGUGAAGGACACAGUGGAUGGGCAGCGUAUCCUGGAGAAGAAGGGCAGUGCAGCGCUCAAGGACCUCAAGCGGCAGCUGCACCUGGAGAGGAAGCGGGCUGACAAGCUGCAGGAGCGGCUACAAGACAUCCUCACCAACAGCAAAGGCCGCUCCGGCCUCGAGGAGCUGGUUCUCUCAGAGAUGAACUCACCAAGCCGGACCCAGACAGGGGACAGCAGUAGCGUGUCCUCCUUCAGCUAUCGGGAGAUCUUGAGAGAGAAGGAGAGCUCAACUGCUCCAGCCAGGACCCUGACUCCUGCGGUGGGCAGCAGCGCUGAGCUGGGCUGGUCUGUCUCUUCCCUGCAGUCCUUGUCCAGCAGUCCUCAGGCCCAGCCCCCUCGGCCCGCAGAGCUGUCAGAUGAGGAAGUGGCUGAGCUCUUUCAGCGCCUCGCAGAGACACAGCAGGAGAAAUGGAUGUUGGAGGAGAAGGUGAAGCACCUGGAGGUGAGCAGCGCCUCCAUGGCAGAGGACCUCUGCCGGAAGAGUGCCAUCAUUGAGACCUACGUCAUGGACAGCCGCAUCGAUGUGUCUGUGGCAGCAGGCCACACAGAUCGCAGUGGGCUGGGCAGCGUCCUGAGAGACCUAGUGAAGCCAGGUGAUGAGAACCUUCGAGAGAUGAACAAGAAGCUACAGAACAUGCUGGAGGAGCAGCUCACCAAGAAUAUGCACUUGCACAAGGACAUGGAAGUUCUAUCCCAGGAAAUUGUGCGGCUCAGCAAGGAAUGCGUGGGAUCCCCUGACUCAGACCUAGAACCUGGAGAAGCCAGCUAAAGACCUAAAGGGGCUGCACCCCUCCCCAGCCCUCCCCAGCCCUCAGGACACCAUUCCUUUGGGCUGUGGUGGGAGAAUGGGGGCCAGUGCAAAAAUCAAAUAAGUUGGGAGACUGGACAUAAAAGGGUCGGAGGCCUGAUGACUGAUAUAGUGACCCUGUCUUAGGGCAGAGGGCCCUGGGGAGUGGAGAGCCUGAGGGGGGGUCAGGGAUUUCUCCUCCUUGGUUCUGGCUCCCAGGGGGCUUUGUCUUCAUCUCUGCAUGAGCUCUCCCUCCCUCCCAGAGACCAACUCUUUAGUUUUAUUUUAUUUUUAAUUUAUGUCUGGAAGCCUGGCUACUCUGCAUUUGGGUCUGGGGAUUUUGGGUGGGGCGUGGUCCAUGUUCAGCGUUCUAGCAACAUGUGUGUAUGUAAAGGCUGUGUAGCCAAAAUACCAUCUGGCCAGACAGGCCCACCCACUGA